GCGCAUGUGUACUUUUUAUUGUGGUUGCGCAUGUGCAUUACAAUUCGCUUUGUUAUUGCAGCUAAGAUGGCGUUAAGCAAAACAUUUGGACAAAAACCGGUGAAAUUUCAACUAGAAGAAGAUGGAGAUUUUUACAUGAUUGGCUCAGAGGUAGGCAACUACCUGCGCAUGUUCCGCGGCUCCUUGUACAAGAGGUACCCAUCACUCUGGAGGCGAUUGGCCUCUGUGGAAGAGCGGAAGAAAAUUGUAGCGUCAUCUCACGAUCAUGGUUACACAACUUUAGCCACCAGUGUGACAUUGCUGAAGGCGUCAGAAGUGGAGGAGAUCUUCGAAGGGAACGAUGAGAAGUACAAAGCCGUCUCCAUCAGUACCGAGCCCCCGGCCUACCUCAGGGAGCAGAAGGCAAAGAGAAACAGCCAAUGGGUCCCCACCCUGCCCAACAGCUCCCAUCAUCUGGAUGCUGUGCCCUGCUCCACGACCAUCAACCGCAACCGUAUGGGCCGCGACAAGAAGAGGACCUUCCCCCUCUGCUUUGACGACCACGAUCCCGCUGUGAUCCAUGAGAACGCCACCCAGCCCGAGGUGCUGGUCCCGAUCCGGCUGGACAUGGAGAUAGAUGGACAAAAGCUCAGGGACGCCUUCACGUGGAACAUGAACGAGAAACUCAUGACGCCCGAGAUGUUUGCGGAGAUCCUGUGCGAUGACCUGGACCUGAACCCUCUGACCUUUGUUCCCGCCAUUGCCUCCGCCAUCCGGCAGCAGAUUGAGUCCUACCCAACAGACAGCAUUCUUGAGGAGCAGACAGACCAGAGGGUCAUUAUCAAGCUGAACAUCCACGUGGGGAACAUCUCCCUGGUGGACCAGUUUGAGUGGGACAUGUCGGAGAAGGAGAACUCCCCGGAGAAGUUUGCCCUGAAGCUGUGCUCCGAGCUGGGCCUGGGGGGCGAGUUUGUCACCACCAUCGCCUACAGCAUCCGCGGGCAGCUCAGCUGGCACCAGAGGACGUACGCCUUCAGGUCUGAUUUCAGUGAGAACCCACUGCCCACUGUGGAGAUCGCCAUCCGGAAUACUGGCGACGCUGACCAGUGGUGUCCCCUACUGGAGACACUGACAGACGCAGAGAUGGAGAAGAAGAUUCGGGACCAGGACAGGAACACCAGGCGCAUGAGACGACUUGCAAACACAGCCCCAGCCUGGUAAAGAAAAAAAAGUGAACAGAAAUGAAGAAAGUUAAAGGUUUUGGCCAGUUUUUGGACAUUUGGGAUUUUCUUAUAAAAAUAGACUGUUUGGGACCUGCUGCAAUGCUGCAAACUGACUCCGCUGAAAAACAGACAGACCUGAGGCAUUCCACUGGGCAGCUGGGACGCCUUGCUCUGCAGUCUCUUCCAGCAGGGCUCAAAAGUGGGCCUGCUACCUCAAUCACCUCUGUACUCUGUACUGCUAAUCACUCCCAUAGACCUUCUGUGCACUUAGGAGAUGGUCAGCUAACUGUUAAUAUUCAUAGCUGAAGAGUGCAGGGUCAAAGACAUAGCAUCCAUACCACGUGUCGCAACGCAGAAGGCAGUGGAACCUCCCUAGAAUCAGCCAGUGCAGAAAUCAGAAGAAACACGCAGGCUAAACAUCUUGAUUGUGUAUAGAACAUCUGUGGCUCCCAGCCCUGCCCUGCAUUCAGACUGGUGCCCUAGUUUUGACUCCCCCAUGCAAAGUUUUGAGUGCUGUGUAGAAGAAUACUGUUAUAUUGUGCUGUCAUGUUUUUUUUUUGUUUUGUUUUGUUUUUUGUGCCCCGUACACUUUUAGUAAGUGAUUACCAUGUUCUUUUUAAAAUAUAUAUAUAAUAAAUUCCAUGCUUAA